UGCUUGAUUAUGACGUCACACCAUUGUCAAACACGAGCGCUCGUCAGACAGAUCACACAGACAGCAGUAGCUACCGUGGUUGAUAACUAUAGCUGCCCAACUCUACCAGGUCUAGAAAUGUAUGAGGCCUUCCCGUUCAACCACCUCCGCCAGAGGACCACGGUGUCUAAUUUAGACUCCGAGGUGACGUCUGUCGUCGAUGCCAGUGUGCGGAGCUUGCUGGACCCCAUAGUCGGACAGUUUUGGCGCUGUGUGGGAUGCAUCAACAGAAUUCUUGGUAGAACUGAUCCAGCUGAUGAACUCGAGGAAUGGGUGAUGGUCACAGUUCAGAAUGGCCAGAUGAAGGAGGUUCAGAAAGAGGCUGUUGCAGGGGAGACAAUUCCAACACAACCGGAAGUGACUCCUAUCGAGUUUGAUUGAACAUGUUAAUGUCGUACUCAUUGUUUGUGUGUGUCCUCCCAAUGACCCUAUUCAGUUAACAAGCAUGUGCCUCUGAAUAAUUAAACAUUGCUUUUAUUUAUUGUA